AUGCUCUUCGAAGCCAUCGCCAAUGGUGAGCCCCCGUCCCCGAGAGGCUUGGUCAAUUUGGGCAAUACCUGCUUCUUCAACGCCGUCAUGCAAUGCCUCACUCGAGUCGCACAUUUUAGAGAACAUUUUGUCUUCCAGUCGGCAGCACCCGGCGAGGGCGCCAUGACGACCGCAAUCAGAACGUUCUUAGUCGACCAAUGGAAGGUGGGGGAGUCGUCCGAGUUGAACCCUAUACUUCUCUUCUCGGAGGUUGGGAAGAAGAAUCCUAGCUUCAGGGGGCGCGCACAACAAGACGCCCACGAGCUCAUGAAGGUCAUCUUUGAUGCCGUCCUCGACGAGGAGAAGGCGCGCCUCACUAAAGUCGCUCGUGGUAUCCUUCCGCCUUUUGCCCGCGAUGACGAAAACGAUUCGCCCUCGGAGACUAGUCUAUCCACCUCGGCUGACUAUUCAGAUACCCUUACGGAAGAACAUGCAGGUGUAGCCAAUCAUACUGAUCACCCGUCGCCUAGCUCAGUCGCUCAAACCGCCUCUGAACCCGAGCGUAGUCCAGCAGAUGAUAUAGUUGAGUCGGAGACCGCAACGGAGCCUGAAGACCCAGACCCAUCCAGCAACGACAUGGGGCAUCUCAAGACAGGCGAUGCGUCGGGCGAAGACGAGAAACCCAUCCCACCAGAAAAGCUUGUCACUAUAAUUGAGCGUGCCGUAGGCGGUGUGCUGUCCUCUACUAUUGUCUGCAAGGAAUGCGGCACGAAGUCUGCCGUGUCUGAACCCUUCCUGGAUUUGCAAAUUCCCCUUGUUCCAAAGGAUGCACCCGACCCGAGAGUGGCAAAAGACUCGGACACGACGAAAAAGUCGUGGAAGAAAGACGUAGACGAGAAGCAAGUGGAAGGUGACAAACCGGAGAAGGAAAGCGAAGCUGAGGCAGAGAAACUCAGCCCUUCAACCGUUGUGAUUGUCCCUGCUGUUCCUCCACCGCCGCCACCGCUCCCUCCUCCACCCACUUCGCUGGCCAAUUACUCCAAGGCAUCGUCAAGCAGCGGUACCCGUGACCUGAUGCAAGAACUACGCCAGAAAGUUGAAGUCGAGGCACCUAGCGCAGAACCGGCGCCGGAUUCAGGAUUAUCUACUGAGUCGCAAACGGUUCUGCAUCACAAAGAGUUGGCGAAUAGUAUUGCCAACGAAGUCACGGAGACUCAGAUCAGCGAUGACGAUGAAGCAGAUGGCAUGCCGUCGCUCUUCGAUUCUAGCGACAACGACGACGGAGACGACACAGCUGUGGAUGAAAUUAACGACAUGAAUGCAUUCUCAACGUCAGAGUGUGCAAGGGAGAAUGACGCAAGUGCUGCGUCAUCAUCCGCCGGGAAGGAAAUUGCAUCUUGCUCCCCUGGUCCACGUCGAGCUCCCGCCUUCAUUUCCACACUUUUCGGUGGAUUUGGAUGUAUCUCACCUGCCCCUCAUGGAUACAGGUCAGUUGUAGGGAGCUUGGAAGAGUUUACGAAAGUGGAGGUCCUGGAGGGCGACAAUGCGUAUGGUUGCGAAGAAUGCAAUAGACGCGAAAAGCUGCGGGUUGCGAUGCAGCGAUUUGAUAGCAUAAGCAUUAAGGCGAAGAAAAUUGAGGCAUCCGCUGAAGUCUUCGCCGAUGACGUUGUUGGUGAAUCUGAUGUAAGUGCCGUUGAUGAGGGCCAAGCCAGAAAGAGACCAGGCGAUAGCACGGAUAGCACCGAAAGCUCGAAUUCGUCGGAAAAUGAAAGUACAUCAUCGAAGGUUGGCACUAGAGACAAGAACAGUCAACCCGUCAUGAUGUCGUCUUCACCAGUGACCAGCAGCAGCAGCGAAGGCGGCAGCGGUACGACCUCUGAGGAGGAAGGGGAAGUUGUUAUAGAAGAAGAGCUGGAAGAGCCACGCCCAUCGAAACCUGUCCGUCAACGCACCUUGACGCGGGAAGAGGAAGAUGCAUUGAUCAAGAACCUCGACGUCAAGGUGCCAGUUGUUCGCAGCGCGGCUGAGAAGCGAUUUGUGGUGAAAAGGGCGCCAGACGUACUUGCGAUCCAGCUGAAACGUUUCGCACAGGUCGGGUUCCGCGGGGGGCUGCGAAAGAUAUCUGGGCAUGUGGACUUCCCUCUGGAGUUUGACUUGGCCCCAUUUGUUGACGAGUCGGCAUCCGAAGAAUUGAAUGCAGAACUGAAAGAGAAAUCGAGUGCCGCUAAGCGAAAACGAUCUGUAUGUUCUCUGUAUGGGAAUGGAAAAAUUAAGGCUUACAAGUAUGCAUUGACUGGGGUUACUGUUCACGGGGGCUCCCUUUCUGGCGGUCAUUACACCGCUUACGUAAGAGAGGGAGUUGACUCUGAUCAUAGGGGGGGAUGGUAUUUUUGCAAUGAUGCAAAGAUUCAGAGAGCGAAAGAACGCGAUGUGCUCAGAAGCGAAGCUUACUUGUUGUACUACGAGCGGGUCCCCGUGUAG